UAUGGAACCCUAGAGAUCUCAAUAGACCUGAUAAGCUUACUAGAGUACAUGACCUCAUUAGAGAGACAUGUCCUGAUAUUAUCUGUUUUUCUGAAUCUAAAAAGGAAGAUUUCUCUAGCUUACAGCUUAAGCAAUUAGAUUCAGGGGAAAAGUUUUCCUGGAAUUGGUUGCCUGCUGUGAAAACUGCUUGAGGGAUUCUUGUUGGGGUUAGCAUUGAUAUGUUUGAUGUAAUUAAGUGGGAUAUUCUUUCAUAUUGUGUGUCUAUGCACAUCAAAGCAAAAAAAAAAGAUAAUGUCCUUUGGAGAGUUAUUGCUGUGUAUGGCUCUGCAUAUGAGGAACAUAAACUAGAGUUUAUUAAUGAAUUGCAUAAUAUCAUGGCUUGUUGGAAUGGUCCUACCCUUAUUGGUGGUGAUUUCAAUCUCAUUAGAGAAAAGUGUGAGAAAAACACUGGGAACAUCAACCAACACUGGGCUAAUCUUUUUAAUGAUUGGAUCAAUAAAUUCAAUUUGAUGGAGAUUAAAAAUCCUAGUAGGCAAUUCUCUUGGGCUAAUAAUCAAGAUAAUUUGGUUAUGGCUUUACUAGAUAGAGUUUUUGUUACUACCUGUUGGGAUUCCCUUUUCCCUGCUAGUAGUCUAGCCUCUAAAGCUAGGGUUGGGAGUGAUCAUACCCCCCUUGUUGUGGACACUGGGCCUUUGAAAAUUCCUUGUACUAAACAAUUUAGAUUUGAGAAAUGGUGGCUUAAUAUUGAGGGGUUUGAUCAGAUGGUUGCCAAGUUUUGGCAAGCUCCCUGUCAUCUCCAGAAAUCCAUUGACAGAUGGAAUUUCAAGAUUAGAAAUACUAGGAAAGACUUAAAAGGUUGGGCUGCUAAUAUUGAAUCUGCUCAAAGGAAAAAUAAACAAAGUUUGGUUGCUGAAUAUGAUCUUCUUGAUAUUAUUGCUGAAACACAGAGCUUAUCACCUGUUUCUAAAAAAAGAAUGAAUGAUAUUUCUGUUGAACUCACCAAAAUUUGGAGUAAUGAAGAGAUUAAGGCUAGGCAAAGGUCUAGAGAAAGAUAUAUUUUGGAAGGGGAUCGUAAUACUGCCUACUUCCAUUCUGUAACUAAUCAGAGGAGAAGGAAGAAGCAAAUCUGCCAGUUGCAAGGUGAUGAGGGGAUGGUAGAAGACAACAAAGGGUUUGUGGAGACGCUUGGCCUGCAGCUGUGCUCAGUGGAAGAUUCUGCUGAAAGAAGAGGAAAAAGAAGGGCUGAUGUCUAUGCUGAGCAAGGUGGAGGAAGUGGCCAGGAUGCCACCACUGCUAUUGUGGCCGGAACCUAG